UACAAGUGUGGAGAUUCUGAAACAUGGAUACAAUCAAUAAAGGGUUGAAUAAGACGAAUACUCUCGAAGAGUUCUACGCUGGUAGUGGGAUUCUUGUGACUGGAGCAACCGGUUUCGUUGGAAAAGGUCUCUUGGAAAAACUGAUCCGCCUGUUUCCUCGCAUUGCUGCCAUUUUUAUACUACUGCGUCCAAAAACGGACGAAACGAUACAACAACGAUUUAAGAAGCUCAUAGAUGACCCCGUUUACGAUACCAUCAAAGCAAAACAUGCCUCUGUUUUGAGCAAAGUUUAUCCCGUGAGAGGUGACGUGAAUCUGCCGGAUUUAGGUCUUUCGCCAGAAGACAGAAAUCUGUUGUUAGAAAAUGUAAACAUAGUGUUUCACGUCGCGGCCACUGUGAGAUUUGACGAGCCGUUAGACGUGGCUGUUAAUGUAAAUACCAAAGGUACUGCUCGUGUCAUCGAACUUUGGAACGAAAUAAAGCAUCCAAUUAGCUUCGUCCACGUUAGCACAGCUUAUAGUAAUGCGAAUCUACGUGAGAUUGGAGAAAAAGUUUAUACUACGAGCUUGAAACCAGCAGAGGUGAUCGAUAUGUGUGACAAAUUGGACAAAAAGUCCAUCAACGAAAUAGAGAAAAUGAUUUUAAAAACUUAUCCAAAUACAUACACAUUCAGUAAGAAUUUAGCAGAGCAGAUUGUAGCAAGCAAGAGUAAACACCUGGCGGUUGCGAUAGUACGGCCAAGCAUAAUUGGUGCCUCCUUGGAAGAACCAUCUCCUGGUUGGAUAGAUAAUAUUUCUGCAUAUACAUAUAGCUUCCUGCUAGUCGGCAGAGGAUGUGUAACAGCGAUACGAGGUAGGAGAGAUGCGAGAGUGGACAUAGUGCCUGUCGAUUUCGUAGUCGAUACGAUAAUUUGUACUGCAUGGCAUGUCACGUUACACAGUGAUCACGAAGUUAAAGUUUACAACUGCACGAGCAACGCAUGCCCUUUUAAUUGUGGUCAGAUGAGAGAUGCCGUUGUAAAAUGUAGGAUUUACGAUGACAUCAAAGCAAAACACCCCUCGGUUUUGAGCAAAGUUUAUCCCGUGAAAGGUGACGUGAGUCUGCCGUAUUUAGGUCUUUCGCAAGAAGAUAGAUUUUCGCUGUUAGAGAAAGUAAACAUAGUGUUUCACGUCGCGGCCACUGUGAGAUUCGACGAGCCGUUACACGUGGCUGUUAAUGUCAAUACCAAAGGUACUGGUCAUGUUAUCGAACUUUGGAACGAACUGAGGAAUCCAAUUAGCUUCGUCCACGUUAGCACAGCUUAUAGUAAUGCGAAUCUACGUGAGAUUGGGGAAAAAGUUUAUACUACGAGCUUGAAACCUGCAGAGAUGAUCGAUAUGUGUGACAAAUUGGACAAAACGUCCAUCAACGAAAUAGAGAAAAUGAUUUUAAAAACUUAUCCAAACACAUACACACUGAGUAAGAAUUUAGCAGAACAGAUUGUAGCAAGCAAGAGUAAACACCUGUCAGUUGCGAUAGUACGACCAAGCAUAGUUGGUGCCUCCUUGAAAGAACCAUGUCCUGGUUGGCAACAGAAUCUUUCUGCAUUUACAGGUAGCUUCCUGCUAAUCGGCAGAGGAUUUGCAAGGGCGAUGCGAGGUACGAGAGAUGCCAGAUUAGAUUUAGUGCCUGUCGAUUUCGUAGUCGACACGAUAAUAUGUAGUGCAUGGCAUGUCACACUACAUCGUGAUCAUGAAGUUAAAGUAUACAACUGCACGAGUAACGCAUGCCCUUUUAAGUGGGGUCCGAUGAUAGAUGCUAUGGUAAAGUGUAGCAUAGAAAUGCCGCUGAACGAUACACUAUGGUACCCGGGUUGUUCGGUUGUAGCUAACAGGUAUAUUUACAACGUUCUGGGUGUAUUUCCGCUUGUUUUGCCUGCGGUCGUCAUAGAUAUC